AUGGCGACUGUGCUGUCCAGGGCGCUCAAGCUCCCGGGGAAGAAGAGCCCAGACCUGGGGGAGUACGAUCCCCUCACUCAGGCGGACAGCGACGAGAGCGAGGAUGACCUUGUGCUGAACCUGCAGCAGAAGAACGGAGGGGUCAAAAAUGGCAAGAGCGCUCUGGGGGAAGCCCCCGAGCCUGACUCGGACGUGGAGGCUGCAGGGACUGCCAAGCCGCACCACUCAGAGGUCACCACGGAGGGGUACCCCGCGGAGCCCCUCGGGAGCCUGGAGCAGAAGGCGACCUCCCCGCUGGUGGCCUACGUGCGCACCUCUGUCUUCCUGCUGGCGCUGGGGCUCUCCAUGCUGCUGGUACUGCUCUGUGCUUUCCUGAUCCCCUGUCCACCCCGAGAUCUGCACAGCACGUGGAGCCGCCACUUGGGCUCCCAGGCAGGUGGGGAUCUGUCUCCCUUGGAACUGGCUGACGUGAAUGGAGACGGCCUGCGUGACGUUCUUCUCUCCUUUGUGACAGCAAGCAAUGGGAGUGCAGUGGAUGCCUCAGGGCCAGCUGCUAAUCUGGUGUGCCUUUCGGGCAUGAAUGGCAGCGUGCUGUGGUCCAGUCCCCUCCCAGAGGAGGUGCGAGAGAUCAAUUGUCUGGACCUGAUGCCGGGAAGCCUAGCGGCUACCACCUGCCUUGUGACAGGGACGCACAAGAUGCUGAAUGCAUUCAACGCCACCUCAGGGAAGGUCAUUUGGACUUUAAACCCCAGCUCCUUGUUGAACGGCACCUUGGCCGCCCCGGCUGUGGUGCUGCCGGACUUGGAUGAGGACGGCGUUAGAGAUCUCGUGGUCCUGGCCAUUGGGGACAUGCAGCCAGAUCUGUGCUUCCUGCUGGUGUCUGGCCGGAUGGGGAGCCUACUGGGCCGACCAGUCAAGUACAACAUCGUGGGCGUGGGGAAUCUGAUUGGUCCUCAGGUUUACGUCACCGCCAGUGGAGCUGUCUACAUCCUGUUUGGCUUUGGAAAUAUACAAGCUGUGGCUCUGCGGGACAUUUUUGUUCAGGCCCAGAAUCGAGAUAGCUCGCCACCUUCCCUGCAGAUAGAAGAGCCGGAGUGGGAGAAGCGGAGAUCUGUCAACCUGUCUGAGCUCAUCGAUAUCUACAGUGAUGGCGUGGAGCUCCUCCAGUUGGUGAAGGCGCCAGACUCCAACUGCAGCAACCUCCUGAUUACCACCAGACAAGGCCUGGUUCUGCUUCGGGGCCAAAGCCUGACACCCUACUGGACGCUGAGCCUGCCCGGCCUGCGCAGCCAGCCUACUCCUGGGUAUUUCACCGAUGACCAGAUCCUAGACUUCCUUCUGCAGGUGCAGGAUGGUGUUGGGAUGAAAAAGAUGAUGGUGGUGGAUGGCAACUCCAGCUCCAUCGUAUGGAGUUACAGUGCCCCAUGCCACGUGAAGGACAUGCCAGCCACAUCCGCACUGACUGCAGACCGCAAGUCCGUCUUCCUCUUCUGGGCGGAAGCACUGCCCACUGCGCCUCCUGAUGCCGAGACCAUGCUGGGAGCCGAGCUGUCCCACCUUUACCACCUCUACCUCCUGCAUCCAACCUUCCCUUCCAUUCUCCUGGAUCUGGCCAAUACCACGGGCACUGUGACUGCUUCGGAAGUUGGAAUUAACGACCUCUGGAAAGAUGCCUUCUACGUGACCAGGAUGACCGGCCCCAACUCUGAAGGACACCUAGCGUCCCUCGCGGUGAGCAAGCUUAGCCUACGGUGGGCGCUGAUGGAGGGCCAAAUGGUCCAGCUAAAGGAGACCACGCCCAAAAUUGGCCGGGGCGAGCUGCGAAGGUUCCUCUCCAGGAUCAAGUUUGUGGAUUCUCCCUAUCAGAGCUAGUCUGAUGCAGUCUGGGGUCUCAGAAGUGGCAGUCACAACGGCGGCGCCUCUUUCCUGCCAGCGUGAAACCCGUCCUUGAGACACGACGUCCGGCGUCCACGUCCUUGACCACCGCUGCGUUUGACUGUGGCAAAGCACUUGGGGAAGCGCCUUCUGCAACACAGCCUGAGCCGUACUGCACCUCUGCCCCCGUGGUCCCACUCGCUCAGAACUGGGGGGUGCGGAGUUUGGAAAUGGUUUCUAACUGUGGUUUGGUUGUGGGCUUUUUUUUUUUUUGUAUGUCUUAAUUUAUAAAUUCGUGCUGGGAAAUCAGUGAAGAGCAGGAAAGGUUGCAUUUGGCAUAAUGCCGUGUGUGUGUGUGUGUGUGUGUGUGUG